AUGAUCCCUUUUGCCAGCUCACGUCCCCCGUUCUCGUCCUCGUUUCUCUCUCACACUCCCCAUCCACCUUCCCUCAUCACUCCCAUCUCCUCCUCUCUCCCUCCUCCCCUACCAUCUUCUCCCUCGCGCCUCUCCCACCCCAGGAGACGUGCAUCGCACGUUCAUCACUGUCCCACACAUGCAGUCCGCAUGGGCGGAGAUCCACCUGCACCUUUCCGCCUUCAACCGUGCCUCUCACUCACCGUCGUCAUUCACAACGCUGCAGCUGCUGCCACAGAUCCUCCUCCGCUCUGUUCUCCUCCAUUCCAUACCCCUUCCACCAAAUUCUCUGCCGAUGCGCCUAUCUCCAGCUCACCUCCUGGAGACGUGCAUCGCACGUUCAUCACAGUCCCACACGGGUCCGCAUGGGCGGAGAUCCACCUACACCUCUCCGCCUUCACCGUCCCGCUCACCGUCGUCAUUCACACGCUGCAGCUGCUCCCAGCCCGCCGCCCCACGUACCGGCGCACGCGGGCCUUCUACCAGUUCACAGCGCCCUCCUCCAAGUCCCUCUCGAUCCUCGUGGAAGGAGGGGGCACGCUGGAGGUUGCGGUGGGCUUGAACUGCUGCCAGGUGGACUUUCAUGGGUUGACGCCAGUGCAUGGCGAUGUGACCAUCAACGGGGGCUCCAACGUGCAACGCAUUGACAUCACGUCGGCUCCCUUCCGCAUGGAGCGAUUCACCCCCACUGUCUCCCUCAACAGAGUGCGGUCGGCUUAUCGCCCAUCUGAGGCGAAAGUGGAGCCACUCUCGUCCCCAGAGACAUGCUUCCGGAUGGCAGGCAAAUCCAGGCGCUCAAUAUCACAAUCGGGCCGCUACACCCCUCGUCUCCCCCUCCUGAACCAGCGACUGUACGACAGCGAGGUGGAGGGGCAGUUCUUCCAGCUGUUCGACUCGCACCGGCGCCUGCUGGCCUGCGAGGACGCCUACCCCAAGCCCGUGAAGCUGGGCAAGGGCGAGUUCACGGUGAAGCUGCAGAUCCGCGGCGACCAGGUGGGGCGGCUGGAGAAGCUCAAGACCAUGCCGCUGCUGCUGGAUAGGACGCUGGACGACAAGGACGCGACACCUGGCACGCUGCUACUGGGCCGCAUGACUCUCGCCAAGACCGGGGGCCUGUUUGUCAACACGGACGCCAAUGCUGCUGCGCCGUGCCGCGUGCAUGUCACCUACGUGGUUCCGCCUCCCAACAAGAGUGACGAUAAGAAGUCGUCCUCUUCCUCCGGUUCUGCUCCUCCCACUAAAACGACCGCCGAGAGAAUGCAAGAGGAGCUGCGCGAUGCCAAGGUGAAGGUGCUGGCAGCAGUAGCGGCAGAGGAGCGGGACAAGGCGAAGGGCGAGGGCGAGUUUGUGGCGCUGGUGCAGCAACUCAAGGAGGAGUAUCCGAAUCAUCUGCCUCUGCUGCUGGAAGUGCUUCGUUUCUAUGAUGAUCCCAAGAUGCGACCCACAUCCCUGCUCAAGGUGGUGGAAGCAGCAGACGCAGUGGUGGCCAGCAUUGAUCGCACGGCUCUGGCUGUUUUCCUGGCCAUGAAGUGCGAGCCCGAGGGACCAAACGCACAGGCGGAGAAGAAGGAGAAGGAGGCACAGAGGGACGCUCUGGUAGAGGCGCUGCACAAGAAGGCGCUUGCUCUCGGUGACCUGCAGUCGCCCUUCUCUGCCGCUCCCUCUGCUUUCCUUUCAUGCUCUCAUGCCCUUCCCUCCCAUCUUUCCCAUCGUUCAGACUUUAGAGUCGACUCAAAAGUCUACCCUUCCCUCCGAUCUUUCUCAUCGCUCUCAUCCUUCCCUAUUCAUCCCCUCUUAUCCCUCUCUUUCUCCCCUUGCACCCACCUCCAUUGGCCACGCUCGCAACCACCACAGCCAUCAUCAGAGUCACCAGCAGCAGCUGGCAUUCCAGAAACUUCCUCUCUCACUGCCACUGAAGCAGCACCAGCACCACCAUCGCCCGCUGAUGCUCCUUCAGCUGCUGCUCCAGCCGCUCUUGAUCCUGGAGGUGGCGGUGGUAAUGGUGAUGUGUUUGAGGAGACAUACGCGGAGCUGCGCAAGUGGGCAGACGUGUCUCAGUCCAAGUACGGCAUGCUGGGCAUCAUGAGGGAACGACGCGCCAACCGCCCCGCACUCGCACUCAAGAAUCUCAACAAGGUGCUGGAGGAUGAUCCGAAGCAGGCGGACAAGAAGAUGCAUGAGCUCAGGAUUCUCAACAAGGUGCUGGAGGAUGAUCCGAAGCAGGCGGACAAGAAGAUGCAUGAGCUCAAGGCGAGCCGCCUUGCCAUUCCUCAUGCAUCCCUUUUCCCCUCUCCGCCCCCCCUUCUUUCCUGCAUCCUCAACAAGGUGCUGGAGGAUGAUCCGAAGCAGGCAGACAAGAAGAUGCACGAGCUCAGGAUCCUCAACAAGGUGCUGGAGGAUGAUCCGAAGCAGGCGGACAAGAAGAUGCAUGAGCUCAAGGUGACACUGCUGCAGCAGCUGCAAUGGCCGCUGUGGGCCGUGCACGAGAAGCGCUGGAACACCGCGCGCUUCCCCACGCACUGGGCCCCCUUCUGA